CAUGUCUCCACGUGAGCUUAGGCAUCUGCCUCACGACAACCUCGCUGACAUCCACGUGGGGUUGCUGUGGGCCGGCCCUGCUCCACAUGCUCAUUUAUUAGCUCAUUUAUUCCCCAACCACGCUCUGAGCGAGGUCAUGUUAUGACGGACAGGCAUGUUGCCCAGAGGGAGGCUGCACGGUCAGCAGCAGGGGAGCUGAGAAGUCUCUCAUCACUUCCGAUCCCAGGGGCCUCGCCAAUCACAUCCGUGAGUCAGACCCCGUCUCCUGGCCAGGGCCCCCUGUUGCCCUGCACCGCCCACCUCCGUGCCUGCUUCUCUGCAGGGCAGCGCCCAGCAUGCUGGCCAACGUCACCGCGAAGCCGCUCUGCCCGCUCCUGGAGCACAUGACCCGCGUCCAGAGCCACAGCAACUCCAGCAUCCGCUACAUGGACCACGCGUCGGCGCUGCUGCACGGGCUGGCCUCGCUGCUGGGCCUGGUGGAGAACGGCCUGGUGCUCUACCUGGUGGGCUGCCGCAUGCGCCAGACCGUGGUCACCACCUGGGUGCUGCACCUGGCGCUGUCCGACCUGCUGGCCGCCGCCAGCCUGCCCUUCUUCACCUACUUCCUGGCCGUGGGCCACUCGUGGGAGCUGGGCACCACCUUCUGCAAGCUGCACUCCUCCGUCUUCUUCCUCAACAUGUUCGCCAGCGGCUUCCUGCUCAGCGCCAUCAGCCUGGACCGCUGCCUGCAGGCGCUGCGGCCCGUGUGGGCGCAGAACCACCGCACGGUGGCGGCGGCCCACAAGGUGUGCCUGGCGCUCUGGGCCCUGGCGGCGCUCAACACGGCGCCCUACUACGUGUUCCGGGACACCAUCCCGCGGCGGGACGGGCGCAUCAUGUGCUACUACAACCUGCUGCUCCUCAACCCCGGGCCCGACCACGACGCCACGUGCAACGCGCGCCAGGUGGCCCUGGCCGUCAGCAAGUUCCUGCUGGCCUUCCUGGUGCCGCUGGCCAUCAUCGCCGCCAGCCACCUGGCCGUGAGCGCGCAGCUGCGCCACCGCGGCCGCCGGCGCUCGGGCCGCUUCGUGCGCCUGGUGGCGGCCGUGGUGGCGGCCUUCGCGCUCUGCUGGGGGCCCUACCACGUCUUCAGCCUCCUGGAGGCGCGCUCGCACGGCGACCCGGCGCUGCGGCCGCUGGUGUGGCGCGGGCUGCCCUUCGUCACCAGCCUGGCCUUCCUCAACAGCGUGGUCAACCCGCUGCUCUACGUGCUCACCUGCCCCGACAUGCUGCGCAAGCUGCGCCGCUCCCUGCGCAGCGUCCUGGAGAGCGUGCUGGUGGAGGACGGCGAGCUGGGCGCGGGCAGCCGCCGCCGCUCCUCCUCCGCCGCCCCCGCCCCGCGCGCCCUCGGCGCGCCCCGGCCUGCGCGCCUGCUGGGCUGGCUGCGCGGAGUCCGCGCGGCGCCGCCCGCGAAGGGCCGGGGACCCCAGGAGAGGGGCCCCCUGAACCGGGAGCUGAGCAACACCUCGGAUUAGAGGCGCGGCCGGCAUCGCCGUCCCCCUGCAAGGCACCAGCGCAGGCAUCCGGGAGGCACGGGCGUUAAAAUGCAGAUCCCCGGGCGCGGCCUCGGAGAGCGUGUCCCAGGGGCAGGCCCGGGAGUCUGCAUUUUAAAGUGCCCGCGUGGCUCAGUGAAGCCUUUUCAGCACAGCCACGCACACCUCCCUGCGCGCCGCCUAGGGACCCCCGUGCAGUCUGCCAGCAGCCGGGCGGGCGCUGAGAUCUGCGUUGCCAACAAGCCCAGGAGGCGAUGUCCCAGUCGGUGCCGCUGGUCCACCCACCACGUGGGGCUAAGAUCCUAAGACUCCUCCAACUAGGGCAGGACGCCCUACAGACACAGGGCGCAUCUUGGAGCUCAACU